AUGUUCGAGCGCCUUGUCAGCAAAGCGCUUGGUGAUUUUUUGUCCAAAUACUUCACUGAAGAAUCGCUUGCAAAAAAUGGAGCAUCCACUUCCGCUCAGCUGGGGGUGUGGAGCGGAUACAUCACUCUUUCAAACAUCGAAUUGAAGAAAGAUGUUAUCAACGAGAAGUUGCAGAAGAAGGGGCAGCCAUUUGAAAUAGUGCAAUGUAACAUUCGUAAAGUUGAGAUCACAAUACCUUGGGCACAAAUGUCGAAUCCAAUCCAAUCAACGGAUAGGAGUAGGGAUGAAGGCGUCGUUGUGGUUGUGCUCGAUGGCAUCACCUUACUGGUCAAAACAAAGUUUGAUUUCGAUGAUGUCGCACUUCGAGUGGGCGAAGUUGAAAAUCGAAGAAAGAAGCUCAUGAAAUCGACAUACUCAUUCAACGGGGAGUCCAACUCGUCGAAGACAAGCUUUACCGACAGCGUGAAGCAGCGAAUAACCAGUGGUCUUCUGCAGCAGAUUAUGGACAAACUUCACAUUCACAUACGAGAUCUACAUGUACGGAUAGAAGACGUAGAAUCGGAUCCUGCAAAUCCAUAUGCCUUCGGCGUAUCUAUGGAAAGCAUGCAUCUACAUCACAACGAAGUGAGCGGAACUGGCGGAGAUGUCGUGAAAAAGGUUGUGCAGCUCAAUCACUUUGCUGCGUAUUGGAACGUUUGCGAUUAUAUCCCAGAUCUCCCUGAAGAAAACUCACUUUUUCAUCAAAUAUCCGAUGAAGCUCAGAUUGUUGCACAAAAGCUGCACUCAACUAUAUCUCGGAGGGCUAGUUUGAUUGCGUCGCCCUCGAGACGCGUCCAUGCCCCGAAUCAUACAUAUAUCCUACUGCCAGUUGAUGGUAUGAUGUAUUUGGAUCUGUCAACGACUCCAAAUGAUCUCACGCGGAGGCCGGCGUUAUCUGCUACCAUUGUCAUAGAUGAAGUGUCAACUCAGCUGAGAGACUUCCAGUGUGUUCAGAUUCUUCGUCUAUAUCGCGAAAUUAAAAAUCAUCAAUUCGUGAAGAAGUAUCGAAGAUUCCGACCUCUCGUAAGCGUGAAAGAGGAUUCUCGAGCCUGGUGGCAUUAUGCAGCACGUGUGAUAAGGUACCAGCUGAAAGAAAACUUUAUGCGCUGGUCGAGGACUCGUUUUGGAGAAGGAUUUAAAGCCCGGCAACGGUAUAUGAUGUUAUACGAAAAGAAAGUUCUUCAUCCAAACGGGAAGCUUGAAGAAAAAGCUGCUAUUUUGAGUCUCAAUAACCACCCAAUCGCUUUGCUUAAGGCGCAGAAGUCGUUUGAGAGUUCAAUAGAAGAAGGGAAUGACAGCACAACACUCACCUCUGAUGCGAAAUCUAGUGUCCCGUUACAAUUGCAAGAACAAGAUGCAGUGAAAUUAGAAGAAUUCGUCGAGCUACAGGCAUUGGAGGAUGGCAAAAUCGGAGAUCUUUCUGUAGGUGACAUUAUUCUUUUUCGAGCGAUCGUCAACAUGCGAGGUGGUAGGCCAAUUAACAACAAUUCUCAAAAUGGUGGAAAUGAAGUAAAAAAUGAAGGAUCGUGGUGGAGUAGCUCUUUGGCGAAAGUUGCAGACGACUCAGACACGAGGAAAGAGUUCGAUCGACUUCUAGAAUUGCUGAAUGAAGAUAAACAGAAGACUGCCGCGCCUCUGCUUCGAAAUAGACUGCAGACUGCAGUAGAUUUUAGCCUUCGGUUGCAAGAAGUUAGUGCCUCUGUCUUUGCUCCGUCGCACCUAACAAAAGAUGAGAGACCACUACGUCGACUCCACAACAAGUUUCUCGAAUUCAAAAGUCUUCAUGUCCACACGAAGACGGCCUUGAAGGGUGACUACAAGACUAUUGAUUAUCAUCUAUCGGUAAUGGAUGUACUUGGUUUGGAAAUUGGUGCAAAUAUUGGUGACUUCGUGAUAUCCAGUCAAGCAACCAGGGUUGACCCUGGUAAUAGUAUUGGGGAUCCUGAGCAAGCCACUGAAGACAGCCCAUUUUUACAGGUUGCAAUAACAAAGCAUCCGCCUGCUCCAUCCGCCUGCGACCUGGAAGUGAUUGUUUUCGUAAAUUCUAUGGAAGUAUACCUAACCCCGAACUCGAAGUGGAUUCGAAAUCUGCAAGCGAUCGCUAAACAGUUAUCAGGCCUGCCGAAAGUUGCUGAUUUCUGGAAAGACCUUUCGAUGGCCUACGUUAACUCGCUAGCGCUGGGAAAUUUUGGGCGUCGAGCAAAGGCAGAAUAUGGUGUGGAGGACCACAAAAGUAUUGACGUUGACAUAUCUAUUGAAUGCCCCAAAAUUCGAAUCAGCGAUGGUGACGGAUGGGAUAUUUUUAUUGAUUUGGGUUCUGCAUCUGUUAAGACAGCCAAGCUUGCUGGAGUAUCUUGUUCGAAUCUUCGAAAUUCUUCGGUAGUCGUAGAAAACAAUGAGACCGACAGCAUGAUGACAAUGAUGCGCACGAUGGGCGGAAUGGACGAUAGUUCGGCCGUUGGUUCGGAAAUUGGACCGUCGCCAAUGAAGUAUCGCUUUGAGGUUGGUACUCCGAAUCCGAAGAGAACCACAUCUAUCUCAUCGGCCAUAUCAAUUGGGAGUAGGGCAAAGUCGCGUACCGGCGCCGCGCCUUACGAGGAUGGUUUUUCCUUUCGCUACGACGGUGGUGAUGAUAACUCUGUUGGAUGCAAGUCCAAAACGAGAGAUGCUGGAAUGCAAAUGAAUGAGAUCUUUUAUGAUGUCUACGUAUUUCGCUUGCAGACAGGGAAGAUAACUACAAAAGGGGUGGAUCCACAUGAGCUUUCUCCUAGCUUUGGAAUAUCAACUACAAUCAAGAAAUCAAUACUACCAUCAGAUCAUACCAUCUGCAAGCUAAAAGCGAGUACAUUGAUUGACCAUGUGACAUUGAAUCUGAACGAAAGCUCGAUAAUGCACUUCGCAAAACUGCUUCGCAUCUGGAAAGGAAUUACACUUGUUCACUCCGCUAAACUUGGAAACAGCUCUUUGAAUCACUUCCCUUCGCGACUUGGAGUUCUCGAUGACCAAAUUGGCAAUCAGAUUUCGCAAUCUCAGAUUGAAACAGACAUCUGGGAUGACUCAGCCUCACUGAGUCAAGUGGACGAAGGAGAAUUUUUUGAUGCCGACGAUGGGUAUGAUUCGAUGAGCAAUACUUCUGCCCGAUGGUUUGAUGACAAUUGGAUAACAGAUACCGAGAGUGUAAUUGAUGCUGACAGCCGAUCUCUCCGAGGUGGCCGUAGUAGGAGAAAACGGUCGAUUUCAAUAUCUGAAACAUCAUCAAAUUCAGAUGGUUCUUUUGUGGGACGGAAGAAUGUAUCUGGAAUCUACCUGAGUGCCGAAAACCUUGCGAAUCUAAAUCAAGGUAUAAGCGAAGCUGAUGAAUCUUUUGGUGAAAGUGAAGGUAGUGAUGACGAUUCUUUUCAUUCUGUGAUGUCUGCUGGAGGGCAAAUGAAAGUUUUGAAUGAAUUAGAAGAAGGAAUUGUCAGGACAGAGAGGAUAUUGAAUAAACCACGAGAGGCCACAGAAAAUGGCGGAAGCUCUGACUUGGGUAAUCACAGUGCACAUAGUGAGAGCCAAGGCAUGGGGGCAGCUUCGAAGGUUGAAAUAUCGAGAGCUGUUGCAGAAUUGAACAUUCUGAAAGCUCUUCAUGCUGACCUUUCGUCUAUGCUCGACGGUAUUCGUCCCAACCAAGAAGUCUCUAGCAACGAAAAAGUGGGCGCAUUCGAGGACAGAAGCCAAGUGACGAGAAUUGCGGAUCAUCAUGCACGAGCAGUGAGAGCAAUUUUGGAUGCGAGACAUCGGCGAGACUCCAUAACCCGAGCUAGCAACACUCACAAUCUCACUCGCAAUCUAAAUCGAGAGCUAUUUCAGGGUUCAGUUCUCGUAGGAAAGAUAGAAAUCAUUCUACAACUUGAAGAGGAGGCAGAACAAGGCACACAUCUUGAAAGCCAACACUCGAUGAUCAAGCUAGUAGCAGAGGAUACUGCCGUCGCAUUGUCAAAGCGGCGUCAAGACAUGAAACUUUAUUUUUCCAUGGACCAAAUGGAGGUAUUGUCUGGCUACAAAAAUGAAGAAACUUCUUUUCUCCUUCUCUCUUGCGGUGGUCCUGAUACAUUACUUCCGUCUCACUUCCCGCACCUUGUGUCAAGAUCGAUGGAAGAUAAGUUCAUCCGUGGUGCCUUUCACGUCACUCAACACCAGAAAGACUCUUCGUCGGACCGUAUUACGAAAAGCAAGAAAUUGCGAUUGGUCCUUGGUGAUAUCGAGGCAUCGCCUUGUGAGCAACACAUCUCACCAGUCCUGUCGUUUCUAUCAAGAAGAAAGAAAACUGGCGAGAACGUUUCCAAAGAUGAACGGGCUACCCCUGACCAUGCCGACAAGGAUACAAACGACGAGAGCAGUGGCAAGUCAAUCAUACCAACAACUGGGAGUCUAGCUGAUAUCGCUUUGCGGUUGUCUUCAGUUCGGAUGGUUUUGCGGCAAAAGAAAAGGGUAGUCAGUGCGUUUGCUAUUUCCGAAUUGUCGGCACGCCUUGUCCACAUGGAGUCACAUCUGAAAAAUAAGCUCCAGUUAGAUCUACAAUGCACGAACGUCCAGAUUCUGGAAGUUGAAAACCUAGAGUCUGGUUUUGGCGGUGAACUCUUUGGGCGUCGUGAUGCGUAUACCUCCCUUAUUCAGACGAGAGUCAGGACCGAACUUGUCCCUUCUCACGAGACCGGCGGUUGGGUAUUGGGCAUGGGGAAACCGAAAUUGAGAAAUGAGUCUCCGUCAUUAAAUGAUAUUGUCCGGAAUGUUCACAUCGGUGUGAGACUGAACCCGAUAAAUAUUGCAUCUUCUCCCACAGGAGUCCGGGGUUUUGUCGGAAGCAUCGGUGAAUUGGAAGAGGCCACGAAGAAGGCAUACAUUUCGCCCACAAAGCCAUCCGCCAAAUCCAAGGGAGCAGAUCCUAAAAUCCCUCUUCGAUUUCGGUGCGAUAUUUCCCUUCGAAGAAUUGCAAUAGCCUUCCACGAGGCGGAACAGAACUGGCGGAAUGAUGGUGGUAGCAGUAUGGUUGUUGCAUUUACAGUAGUUGCAUCAUUACAAGGAUCUACCUUGGGUCGAAAAAGCCUGUCUUCACAAGUUGCACUUGCUGACAUAACUGCCAUACGUACCGUUGAUGAGUGGCCUAUUGUGGAACCCUUCACAGUGGCGAGCGAUAUAUCGCUCACAACGAGCCCUGCAACAUCUGGAAUCCAGGAAAUGGACGAGAUUCAGCUGCAAAUCCCGAACGACUCCCGUUUGAAUGAGGUAAAACCAUACAUGGAUCUUUUCGUUUGGGAGAAGCUGCCAAAAGAGCAUCUAUCUGAGGAAGAAGUACGAGUUAGUGUCAAGAUUACCCCAAUAAAUGCCAACUUGUCGGCUCCUGUUAUCAGUCUCUUGGCUGGUACGAAAGAAAAACUGCAACAAGUUGUAGCAGCCACAAAGACAGCUACAAAGACUGCAAAGGUGAACGUCAAGAAGGUAGAACCUACGCCAUCGGCCCAAUCGGAUUCCUCAACAACCCCACGCCUAUUGUCUGUCAGUGUUGAGGCGAUUGAGUGCAUUGUUUUAAAAGAAGCUGAAUCGCGUCCAAUUUCAAGUGCGAAACCCCUCUUUUCGCUCCAACAGAAAGAACUGCAAAUUGAGUUUUCUAGCAACCCAUCAACAGCCGUAUCUCUUUCUAUCCGAGAAUUCUCGUUAAUUGAUUUUUCUUCCGUCCAUGGAAUACGGGUAUUGGGCGAAGAUCCCACUGGAAGAGAAAGAAACGGUAGUCAGAAUCCAUUUUUUCUCAGUGUGGAGCUGUUUUCCUACAAGCAAUCUGACGGUCCGACUGCUGCGACACUCAAUAUCCAUUGGGGUCGCAUUCAGUGUCUACCUGUACCAUCAUUUGUGGCCUCCUUGCUCACCGUGAGCCAAGUUGUGAAAUCAACGUUGCAGUCAAGAGCGACCUUGCCAGAUGUAAAGUCAAAAGUACCGAAAGAAAAUGCGCUCUCUAAACUACUUGGAUCCCCGCGAGACGUAAAACUAACUCUCAAAGCUGAUGCCGAGUCCUUCGAGUGCAUACUCCCGUCCAGAGAUCUUGUUGAGUACGCUAAGGUCGCAAGCACUGAUCCCAUUGGUGUAGUGAGUCUAAGGUGGAAAGCAACUCUCUCGAUGGCCAUUGCUUUGGAUUCCUUGAAAUAUGGGUCUAAACCUUGGUUGAACCUUAAUCUGGAUGGCAGCCUCUCCGACAAGAAAGAUAACGGCCUCUUCAAGGAUUUUUCUGAUAGAUACUUCUCCCGCAGCUUUGGAUUGGAUGGAUCAGACGAAAAAGCGCACAGGCUUGUCAAUGCUUUCACAGCUCGUAUUGGUCUAAUUGUCACGAAUUUUCAGGUUUUGCGAACGGACAUUGCAAGUACGUCUUUGGUCGUCUCUUCAAAUGGAUCAAAGGGCGCAUCCCGGUUGCCGAAGAAUCGCAUUGCUUUCAAAGUCUGUCCACCACAAGCUGGCGAGCAGAGAAUCACGAAUCCUAUAGAUCUGAGACUAUCCUAUAGAGCAGUUGGUGCGUCGAUGUCUGGUUCAUGCGGUGGCGAUGAUCACAGUCCAUCUGUUGAGAUCUCCCAAUUACUAGAACUCGAAGCGACAAAAGCCGUUGAUUUUCUUUUGUACAUCUCACAGGGGGAACGGGGAUGGACCGAAGCUCAAAAGGUGACCGUCAGACCCAUUCUGGACCUCUUGAAAAAGAAGCAAGCAAGAAGGAAAAAAGAGGAAACCACCGAUAGCGUCCCCCAAAAGGAGGCGCAGCCAAACUCAAUAAAGUUGCUUGCAAUGAGUGCAACAACCCUCUGUUCUAUUCGUCUUCCUGGGUUCCAGGUGACUUGUGUUCCUGGAGGUGCCACAAACUUGAAUGAAGCUCCCAUCAUCAAGUUUGAACUGUCUAGUCUCUCAGUAGGCCUUGCUUUCCUACCAGUUCACAAAAAUGUGCUAGGUGGGUUGACCGUGCCGAAGGGCGCAGCUGGGUACGGUGCCCAGCUUGUACCAGAAGGAAAGAUUGACAUAAUGUAUCUUACCGCAGCUGGUUGGAUCGAUUGUGUGAUGAGCGCUCAUUACCAUAACCGUCGUCUCGUAGCUUGGGAACCAUUUGUCGAGCCUUGGACUGUCAACAUCAGGUUUGGUGCAAAUCUUGCCGACGUAUUAAAGGUGCCUCCCAUUCUUAAAAGGUCAUUCGAUGAAUCACAAAGAUCUGACUUUGAUCCCUGGAUAGUAUCAAAGUUAAACGAAGGGACUACUGACAGAUUACGAGAUGUUGGGCGACUGUUCCGAGCUCCGUUUCAUAGUGCUGCAUCAAAAUCAUCAAAUCGCAUAUCACACAAUGAUUUGAGUUAUCUCAUGUUGGCGUCAACGGCUCGGGAAUCAAUACUUGCUGCACAGUAUCCGACCUCGGAAUCUAGCGACGGCAAAGCAGCUAGUGCCUUUCUCCUGUUGCCCAGCCAAGAUGCAAUGGGUUGGCUUCGAGGGUUUGGUUUUCCUGACACUUCUAGAAAGGGCAGUCGAGAGAAUCCUGAGCACUAUUCUGUGUCUUGUGUCAUCUCCGAUCAAAAACCACUGAACGUGAAUCUGACUGGCGCUCUUAUCGAGAAUGUUAUUGGAUACAUGGACAAUAGCAAGAAGAGCGGUUUUGAGACUAUUGCACCCCAUUGGAUCCGGAAUGAAAGCGGUUUGACUAUUCGCUUUCGGGAGGUGCUCGAGUCUGACCGAGUAAAACUGGGCGAAGAGGCCGGGAAGACCAUCUUGUUAGAUGGUUCUCGGAUACCACUCACUUUGAAAAGGUCUAUCUCGCAGUCAUGUGAUCCACAUCGCGCAUAUAUCUACCUCGAGCUGGGGAGCGCAGAAGAUUUUGAAGAUUUUGAUGGCAGAAUUGACAAUGGUGAUAUUGAUGAUUCACCAGGGAGUCGCUUGGGCUCAUUCUUGUAUAAAACAGCAGCAAAAAUUCCGGUCGACACCGUCGGUGUUCAUCGGUAUCCACUCGACAACAAUGUGGAAAUGGUUACAGAAACAGGUGUCAUGAUUACAGACACUCGCUCUUUGGGAUGGAUAAUCGUACGUGUUGCACUGCAGGGUGGGACCAAAGUUAUCUCGGUCGAGUCGCCGUUCACUAUCAGGAGCUCCGCGGACACAGACCUACUCUGUGAGUUGCGUGAGAAAUUUUCACAGUCAGUUCUCUGGAGAUAUCUGAUCCCAAAAGUCGAAGAUCAACGUGACAAUGAUGAAUACUCUGGUUUUGUUUCAAUACCCGCGGACAUCGUGCCCCUUGUGCACGAUAGGGCAUAUUCGUUCAAGGUUGUUGCUUUCAACCGAGGACCAUUUCCUGAAAUCGACUUGUCCUCCAUCUCUGAUUCGGCGAUUAGGAUAUCGGUCCCACCACCAUUUUCUGACCUUUCUGUCCGAAAAGGUUUGCUGCAAGAGCGGGAAGUUGCACUACCAACAAUUGGAGCCGAACCAGAAUCAUCGCCUGACCAUUUCCAUCUCUCUGUUUGUUCAAUACGAAUUGGAAAUCUUUUUGGAGCAACCAGUGCGAUGAAGGUACCAGAGCAACGGAUGUUGCUGUUUCGGUCGCCUUUGGUCAUUCAGAACUUCUUGGCAUUACCCAUUGCUCUUCAGAUUCGAGUCAAGUAUCAUGACAUGUCGACCAAUGAGCGAUCCUUGGACAGGUCCAGGUCCCAAGGGGCAUCAGGAGAGCAGUCUCUAAUUCGAAAGGAAACAUUGUACAUGGAAUGGCAGGACAUCGGCGUCCUGGACUGUGGUCAAUCGACCAAUUGGACAGGGGCCCUUUCGAAAGAUCGAGUACAGAUCCGAGUACGAUUUGUUGGUCUAAAUGGAGACAACUCUCGUCGCUUCCCUGGAUGGAGUUCACCGGCAACAAUUCCGACUAAAGACAAUUAUAAUCAAAGCUUGAACAAGAAAAAGGGGGCUUUCGAUCAUCUGAGAGUAUGGGAUGCGGAUGAAAUACCUCUUGACCUAUCGGUCGCCCUCGAGACUGGAACUCAUACGACUGACAGCGAAAUGGGCAAUAUUCGUCACUUUUCGGAAGGAUUUUCAUCUGGCACUCGUGUCGUGAGUCUCUUCGUGCCUUACUGGGUUGUUGAUAGUACGAGUGAAGAUCUUGAAUUUUCUGCAGGUGGUCCAAUUGCAGGACAGUUGGACAAGCAUGUGAGCUUUGAUACAAGCAGACCGAACGUCGCCGACAAAGGAAUGCUGGGACUUGCUGAGCUCAUGGACAACGACGGAUUCGUGAACUUGCCUUCUAAGUCUCCUUUUGAUGUGAUGAUGAUAGGUGACAGCAGCGCUACUCGCCUCACCAUUCGGAAAAGGGUUUCGCGCACAAGUCGUAGACGACGCUGGAGACACCCAUCGCCGUGGUCAGACCCGAUUCCGCUUCAAAGCGGCAGGAACUUACAUGACACAACGGUACUAUCUUUCAUAGAUCAAUCGAAAACCCAUCCAGAAGAACAAGGGCAAUUUGACCGAUAUGUACUACGGUCGAGUAUGAAGCCUGCCCCAGAUACCUGUGGCGGGAGUCUUGGAACGCUUCUGAUCCACGUCGUGAAUCGUUAUGCAAUCAUCAACGAAAUCGGGCGCGACAUUGAAAUCUUGCAAGGGCGCGAAGAAGGCGCCAGCCUACUCGUGAGGGCUUCAAGCAAACCUCAGCCUUUCCAUUUUGAUGUUUCGAAAGCAAUUCGAUUCCGAUUCAAGGAAUUCGGGUGGGACUGGUCCGGAAAGUUUCAUAUUCAAAUGAAUAGGCGGGAGGUAACGAUGCGUCUGCGCCAUAAAAUGAAGGGCGAAGCAGUCAUCGUGACCGUAGAAGUUCAAACAGAGAAGAAUUCUUCGACAUAUUCCCUUGUUUUCCGUCAGUCAACCAAUCCUCCAUUUCGGCUUGAAAAUCAAACAAUGCACCCACUGUACUUCGGUCAAUCAGCCAUAAGUAGGUCGUCACAGGAGGCUGACGCCGACACUAUGUUGUUGCCAUAUCAAAGUGCUGAUUUUGCCUGGGACGAACCUGAGUUGAGGAGGAGGGCGAUGCUGAUGAAAUACAGAGACCCCCGAAAUGGAAGAGAUUCGGUUUUGGGUCGCUUCUUUCUUGAUCGCAGUGUUCCAGGAUCAAAACCAAGUGUGGAAAACCCCUUAUUCGCCAUGGAGGUUGUGGCAGAUGGUCCUACAAGAGUUCUUCGGCUAACAGAUGCUGCAAUGCCACAAAUGCAACAACUUUCGAACGGACGCAGCGGAGAAAAGAACGAUUUCAGACAAGUGCAAGACGCAGAUAGAGCCUUCACUGUGUCUUUGGUCGUACGACUGAGCCAUGGACUGGGUGUCAGCGUUGUCGAUUGGAGUCCACAGGAAUUGGUGUAUGCUCGACUAGACGAUAUUCAAAUUGAGCGGAAUAUUGACCUUGAGAAAGAUACUGUAACUUUGGCUGUAGGGAACAUCAAGAUGAAUAAUCAACUUUGGGUGACUCCAUAUCCUGUACUUUUGAAAAUGGGAAGAAGAUCGGAUUCAAACAGUUCAUUGAGAAGAAAUAGAAAGAACGAUGCAAUCAGCCUUUCAUGGCGGCGGCCGUUGACUCCAACCGGUGGAUAUGGAAAUGUGACGAUACUUGAAUUGGUUGAGUUGUCGUCCCAACCUCUCUUCGCUAAUGUGGAUGGCAAUCUGGUACAUCUACUACUUCGCAUGAUGAAGCAAGUCACAGGGACUACUACGGGCACAAAUCCCCCGACAAUACUAUCUAGAGACGACGAAUUGAAAAAGAUUCUGUCAGUUCAUCGUGACAGCAGCCCUGCGAAUGUGACCGAACCAAAGAAAGGAAUCAUUGCUUUGUUUAAUCAGGACGCGGAUGGGGAGCUUGUUACCACUGCUGCAAUCGCGGCAAAGCUCAAGUCGGAACCACUUCCACUUGUCAGAAUUAAACCAUCGGCCACGGGAAGAAAGAAACAGAAAAGACAACAGUUUUCAUCAAAGACAAAGCGCAAGUUCUACAUCGAGAAAAUAAAGAUUUCGGCUGCAAGGGCGGAUCUAAGCUGGUCUGGGCCGUUGCCAGGUCGCCUAUCAAAAUUGUUGCUACGGGCGUUGACAUUCGAACGUUUGCCGCUCCGUUUACGACCAUAUUCAGGGUCUCAUGCGUAUGGCAAUGCCGAAGACCAUGUUCAAGCACUGAAGUCAUACUACGUUAGCUUCUGGAGAAUCCUUGAUCUACUGAUGGGUCUCUCAUACAACCCUACAUUCCUGUCUAAAGCAAUUGUCUACACACUGCGAGAGAGCUUGGCAUCCAGCCUUGAAAUACUAUCGGAAUCCUACAGCUACAAUGCAAAGUCUCUCUCAAGACUAUUGCCAGACAAAAAGUCUAAUCCUAGGUAUGAAGAUGGCCAACGCAUCGAGAAUGUGUCACAAGAGUCGUUACGCUUGACAAAAAGUCUUGUGUCACCGAUUGUACAAAGUGUCUCCUUUUCGUUGCGCUGUGCUUCCGCAGUGACAUCUUGGGUAUCUUCAAUGCUCAAGUAUGGCCCGCAAGACAGCAAGAGAUUGGCAUCACGUGGCAUGUCUAGAUCACGAACACCACGUGUCUUUGCUCGUGUGGAUGGAAAGGAGCUGCUGGUCGAAUAUAUCGAAGGUGGAAAUUCAGGCAAAUCACUCUUGUCACGGGUACGUAUGGGAAUACAUCUUGGCGAAGGUUAUAUUAUUCAUACAGAAGAGGCCAGAUUGUUGCAAGAGAAUAGGUUGACGAGUGUUCUCGAUCCAAAUCCAUUGAUUUUCAUGGUCACAUCCGAGCGUGCAUUCCUGUUGAAUGGAACUCUGGACCAAGCAUUUUGUACCGUCGAGUGGGAAGCCACCUUUUUGAAUCUCGUUGAUGUCGAGUUGACGGCUGAAAAACGGAUCUCAUUGCGUGAGAUGAUUGUUUGGUACUUGUCAGAUCAAGACAUCCGAACUGUCGACGAAGAGGACAAUGCUCCAACAAGAAAUACAAGCCUCCCUUGCAUUGGCAUGAGGGCACUUCAAAACAAACACAUUUUCCUCCCCGAAAGUAUUGCGGAGCAAGUGGUAGAAAAACUGAGAAAAGCUGUAUCAGGAUUCCACAAAUAG